AUGUCGAAAUUAAUGCUUAGUCCCAACUACUGCAGUUGUACUGUCAUUCAAGCACGAAAUCUACCAGAUAAAGGCAAAAAUGGUGGGCCUGAUGCAUUCUGUACGAUUAGUAUGGGGAAAGAGAAGUUCGUCACUGCUGUACGUGAAAAAACGACUUCACCUGAUUGGAAUGAGCAAUGCGAUAUGCCAGUUGUCGAUGAUGCAAUAAUUAAACUGACUGUUUAUCAUAAUAGUAAAAGUUCCCUGUCCAAAGGAGAUUUUAUCGGACGUGCGUUUGUGCCGUUACGUGAUUUACAAGAUUAUGAUCGUGUUCAUACAAAUUGGUAUCCGUUGGCAAACAAAGAGGGACGAGUGGAUAAAGCACGGGGUGAAAUUCAAGUGACCUUACAAUUCUAUUCAAAGAACAAUACGACUGGAAGUGUAUUCGACUUAGCGACGAAGAAAAAACAUCUGUCAUUGAAAGAUAUCAAACACUCCUUAGGUGAUAAAUUAAAAUCAGCUUCCAAACAUCAUAAAACGGACCGAACUACAGGUGAAAAUCAAUUGGCUGAUCAACGUCGUCGGCUUGAAGGUGGUCAUGAUGGCAAUGGCCGUGAUUUUUUGGAAGAUUCAAUAUCUGAUACAACAUCAUUUUCUGGUUCAUACAUGUCGUUGAAUAGUAUGUCAUUCAAUAAUAACGCAAAUGAACAACCGAGAAGGAAAUCACGUGUGACGACGCAAAAUAACGGUCUUGGUCCGGCAUUGGGUAGCGUCACUCCGCAUUCGUCACGUCGUUCGAUUACAUCUGAUUAUGAAACUUCAUCUAUACUGGAUUCAGCAUCGAUGUACGGGGGCGAUGACGGAACGACCUCUUCAUCAGCCGAUCGAUUUCAAACACCACAGCAGCUACAUCGUGAAGUUUCUGUUGAUGAAAAUCAACCAUGGAAGAAGACUCCAAAACAGCGAAGAGAGAAAGAACAACAUGCAUCAAAACCAAUUCCAAUCAUCAUUACAACAAAAGCAAGUGCAAAUUCACCACAAAUAAGCGAUCAUAAUCGACAUUCGUCAGUAACAGGCGAUGAUAUCGAAGCAGCAUUCGACUCGAUCAAUAACUACAAAGCUUCGUUGAACAAACCGAAAGAGAACACUGUCGCUGAUUCAUAUUUUGGUCUGUCAACAAUAAGCGAACACCAGGAUGUCGACGAGAAUCCUUUCAGCUCAAAUCAACAACCAGAAGAAGAGAUCGACUUCGAUAAUUAUUUCACUAAACAUAAACAACAAAAACAAGACUCGAUCGAGGAGAAAAAACCGAAACGAACCGCACCUAUCUUACAACAAUCAAAGACCGUCAAUCAGUCGAAAGAGGACGAUUACUCUAAACUCGCUCUAUCAAACGAAAUAUUCACACCAUCGACUUCCGUAUCAAUCAAAACCGAUACGAAUAACUCAUCUGCAUCUACAGUACCCGUCCGACAACAAUCGGAAGAAAAACAUAACAGUACCGAUGACGACAUCGAUGAAAUCAUAGGCAAAUUAGAGGUAAUCAUCUUCGGGAAAUGCACGCACGCACACAUACAUACAUACAUACAUACAUUCAUCUAUAUCUCAUUUUUUUCUCACUUAAAUUUCAAUCAAAACUCACUUUCUCAUAUACACACACAUAUUCUCGUUCUUGCAUCAUUGUUUCGAGUAUCCAGUAUGCGUUCUUCUGUUAGACGUAAAAUUCAACCGACGCAUGACAUAAUGCAACCGUCAUUUUUCGAGGUAACCGUAGUUCCAAGGCAUUCGCGAACAUCUAAAACACCUGACAACAAACCGUCGAGUACAUACAGUCAAACACCGAAGAAUCAAAAGAAGAAUACGACUUUGCCCGAUAUUGUCAUUGAACAAGCAGGAAAAGGUCCAGCCCCAUUGCCACCAUCGAAGAAAUCAAAUACUAACACUUUGAAUGUUCUUGGUUAUGAGAACGUGAAAAGUGUAUCAGUCAAUCCGAAGGUUCGUCAAGAGCUUGAUUAUCUCGAUCGUGAAGAACUUCUGCAUGUAAUAGCGUAUCAAAGCGAUCUGAUAAAAAAACGUGAUACUCGUGUCAAAGAUCUAGAACAAUAUACCGAUGGUCUACUUGUUAAAAUUGUCGAACAAUGUCCGUCAAUCUUACAAAGUGGAAAUAUGAAGAUCAAUUACAAAUAA